ACUCCUGCCCUCUAGCUAGUACCACCACCACCACCUCCAGCAGCCAUGGCGGCGAGCGGCAAGAAGCUCCCGCCGUUCCUCUUCACGCUUCUGCUGCUGCUCUCCACCGCUGUGACGCCCAUCCUCUCGCUGCCGGCCGCCGACCACGAGGUCGACUGCGACUGCGACAAGCCCAAGGCGCCCAAGCCGUCGCACCCGCCCAAGACCAAGCCCUCCUACCCGUCGCCCAAGCCCAAGAACCCCAAGCCGCCCAAGGGCCCCUCCUACCCGUCGCCGGUGACGCGCCCGCCCAAGGGCCGCCCCUCCUACGCCCCGCCGGUCACUCGUCCUCGUCCUCCGGUCGUCGGUCCGCCCAAGGGCCGCCCCUCCUACGCCCCGCCGGUCACUCGUCCUCGUCCUCCGGUCGUCGGUCCGCCCAAGGGCCCCGUCACGCGCCCGCCGGUCGUCGGGCCACCGGUCACGCGCCCUCCGGUCACGCGUCCCCCGGUCGUCGGGCCGCCGGUGACCUACCCGCCGAUCACCGGCCCUCCGACGACGCCACCAGUCGUCGGGCCGCCGGUGACCUACCCGCCGAUCACCGGCCCUCCGACGACGCCACCAGUCGUCGGGCCGCCGGUGACCUACCCGCCGAUCACCGGCCCUCCGACGACGCCACCAGUCGUCGGGCCACCGGUGACCUACCCGCCGAUCACCGGCCCACCGGUCACGGUCCCCCCGAUCACCGGCCCGCCCUCGACGACGCCUCCGGUCACCGGCCCGCCCGUGACCUACCCUCCCGGCGGCGGCGGCAGCAGCUCGACGCCGUGUCCGCCUCCUCCUCCCGCCACCCCGACGCCGUCGUCGCCGACGUGCCCGGCGGACUCGCUGAAGCUGGGCGCGUGCGUGGACCUGCUGGGCGGGCUGGUGCACGUCGGGCUUGGCGACCCCGUGGUGAACAAGUGCUGCCCGCUGCUGGAGGGCCUGGUGGAGCUGGAGGCGGCCGUGUGCCUCUGCACCACCAUCAAGCUCAAGCUCCUCAACAUCAACAUCUACCUGCCCCUGGCGCUCCAGCUCCUCCUCACCUGUGGCAAGACGCCGCCGCCCGGCUACACCUGCACCGUCUGAUCGAUCAACUAGUAACCCGUGCACAUAUGCAGGGGUUUUGGAGUGAGUUUCUUCGGUAUUUUGAAGAGAGAUCGACAUGAGAGGAUGUCAUCGUCUGCUUCUUCAAUUCCUAGCUAGGCUCCAGAAGAGGAGCACGUCGAUCUGCCGAUGGAUCAAGAUCGCUCUAGCUACCUGUGUUUUGUUGUGUUUUCUGCUGUGGUUCGUUCUUAACCGGCCUGUUGAGUUGUUUCAGUUAAUUUGGCUGGCCUCGGCAGCUUGCUUGUUCGUGUGGUGUCGUUUCUGUUCGAGGCGAGAGGGUUGGCGGUUGAUUUCUAUUGCCAUGAGCUUGUGAUUGUUGCAUUGCAUAUCUCCAAUAAUUUGUGCACCUAUCUUUAAUUU